UAAGUCAUAUGUUAUAGUUACUCGACUGGGAUGCGUAAAGUAUAUGACGCUCAGAUCUAUGUAGAUUUCCGGGACGAAGAUAUUUUCUGGGUUCAAGUUUGACCGGCCGAGGAUGUCAUUGUCGUGAUUAUCUGUGUUUCUCCGAUUUCCUUUCUAUCGUCCCUUGACCGCCACUACGCACAUUGAUCGCUUGACGAAUAGGUAAAUCGCCCGGUACAUUUUCAGGCUGUUGAGAGGAAGUUCAAGUAUUCUCGGGUGCGUUAACACUCAGGCGCAGACGAUAAGCCGCCACGAUCUACUCUAUCAGAGGAACGCUCUCUCAUUCAGAGGUUACCGACUGACAUUCAAGCAAUCCAGAUCAUCGUUUGAAGCAAAUUGCAACGUAUCUAUUGUCCGCAUUGAAUCGACGAUUCGUAGUCUUUCCAAAUGCGUACAAUGUCUUCCCCCAAAAGCAACGCCUUGGAAGAUGACGUAGGUGACAUCAUGACCUCAGGCCACAAGCCUCCUCUCCACUGGGCACAGGCACAAGCAGCUCUUCCGCCCCACCAUAGGUCCACCCAGGACUUCAGAUAUACCUCGAUACCAUUAAUAUCAAACAAAUCCCACUGCAAGUCUCUCAAGCACUUUCACGACUACCAUACCCACAAUAUGUCCGACAACAAAUUCAACUUCGCCGGUACCAACCCCUUCGCUGUCCAACAACCUCCCGAGCACCACAUUCAUCGUGACUCCGAGCCUCUUCCAGGCGCAGGAGGUGUACCGGGUGCUGCACCAGACUACGAUGCUACUCAAGCCGUCACCAACGAGUCGCGCGAAUGGCAGCCGAAUCAUGAGAAGGGGUUCGGUGCUGGUAGCGAGACGGGGGCGGUAGUUGGUGGUGGUCAGCAUAGUGCUGAUCCUGAUGACGCGCCGUUUAGAGAGCAGGGGCGGGAUGCGUUCAUUGAGGCGCGACCUCUUGACGUUAAACCCACCGAGCGAGGCGGUGUUGCUAUUGGUGGACAAGACGAUUUACCGGAAGGUCAUGCCAAGUUCGCGGAUAAAGUGAUCGGCAAGACUCAGAAGGUUGCUGGCAAGGUAAUGAAUAAACCGGAACUUCACGAGAAGGGUGAGCUUCGCGAGGCUGGAGGCAAGGAAGCCGUCCUUGGCCAAGCGCAAGCUCCCCAUGACUAGCUUUAUUCACCCAAAGAUAUGCCGCCUAGUACCGUAGUGUACGUGUAUUGUAGUCUCGUACGUUUUCCGUAGUUGUAUCAUUGAAUGGACUACUCAGUGUAUUACACAGAGUUGGCGAUGCCAUGAACUUCCUGCC